AUGGAUGAAGCCCAGAAGUUCUGCAGGGAGUACUAUGAGGAACUGGCCACCAUCUUCAAUGCUGAGGACCAGACAGCAGCUCUGAGAGCAGUGUCAGCACAGAGCCUCACUGACGCAAAAAGCACACAUUUAAACUCAGAGCUUAAAUACUACAUGGGUCAAGGUUCAUUGACGUGGGAGGAGGCACAGACGGCUUGCCGAGCCAGUGGAGAUGACUUAGCGAGCAUCCUCACCCAAGAAGAUUACACAGCAUUCCAAAGCAUAACAGAGACACGGCAGUUUGAAAUGUGGAUUGGACUCUACUGGAAGACUUCUACCAGAAUGUGGGAGUGGUCCAAUGGGGACCCCUUUCCAUACUGUGUGUCUGAGCCUCAACUAGGUGCUAGUAACUGCUGCUCCCUGACCCAUAAGGGCCAUUGGCAGACUGAAAAUGUCACCCUGGAGAAGACAGACUGCUCUCUGAAGAGACCGUUCCUUUGCACUGGAAAAAGGAGAAUCAAGCAGACCAUUGUAAGGAUGUCUCUGAAAUCUAACACAGGAGCUGAACUCAAUGACCCAGUGGUAAAGGAACAGAUGUUGGAGCAGGUACAGUAG